AUGCUAGGAAGAUUAUCUGAACUUCGAGACGAAGUGAUGCAGUUUUUGGGAAAUAACAAACAAACUGAAUUGUAUGUGGAAUUGAGAAAGCCCAUAGUUCAUGUUGCAUUGGCUUAUCUGUCAGAUAUUUUCGAAUCUUUAAACACAUUGAACUUGAAAUUAAAGGGUGGAGAGUCAAACAUAAUUUUUCAUCGGGGAGCCAUCAAAGUGUUUACUGAUAUGUUGCAACUAUGGAAACGUAAAAUUUUACCCUGCAGUAAUUCCUGCUUUCCCAGAUUGUUUGGAAUCCUGGAAGAAGCCCGAUUUCAAAACGAUUUUAAGGAUACCGAUACUAAGAGUAAUAUAUCGAACCAUUUGCAGCACCUCAUUGAUGAAUUCGAACGAUACUUCCCUAACAGUUGUGAUGAUAAAAUUUAUUAUAGGUUAGCGACGGAUCCAUUUCACGUUAACGUGGAUGUGUUGCCAGACAGACUACAAGAGGAAGUCUUAGAAAUUAAAAAUGAUUCUGCAGCGAAGUAUGACUUUGAGAAGAUGGAUACGCCUUUAUUUUGGCACUUAUUUGUGUGCAAAAGAGCAUUUUCAGCGGCAGUGGCGAUAAAAAAUAAGCUUAGAAGCAAACUCAGUCUUGCCAAUGAUUUACGUUGUGCAGUUUCUACUAUUCAGCCAAGAAUUCAAAAUCUUGUAAAAAAUAUGGAAGCUCAUCCUUCACAUUGA